CUAAACUGACCUUCUCAGUUUUCAUUCCUCCAUCCCACUGACGUUUGGGGAAGAAUAAAGUCUCUCUUUCUCAUAAAUUCUCAAUCUUUUUGGCAUUUACAUCCAUUUUCACUUCAGAAUGGAGCUUUAUGAAGAUUAUCAAGGGAUGAUUCUACUUGUUGAUCAUUCUUAGCUUGAUUUUCAUGGUGGACAAGUUCUAUUGAUAUAAUCAAUAUUUGUGAUAUGAGGGAGGUACAUGUGGUGUUAUCGUAGAUCUCUAUGUAAGUUGUCUUGAUAUGGCCUUCGAACCUUACUGUGAAAGAGGGAUCCAAGCUAAUACAUGCUACAUGGAGGACAUUCAGUUGAAUACAAAUUGGGAUGAUGUGGUUUGUCCUAUAUGUUUAGAUUUCCCCCACAAUGGUGUACUCCUACAAUGCUCAUCUUACGAGAAGGGAUGCCGUCCUUUUGUGUGUGACACUGACCAUUUGCACUCAAAUUGUUUGGAUCGUUUCAAAAAUGCAUAUGGGAUGUCUUCCCCUUUACCAUCUGAUGUGAGUGCAACAGCAAAUACUGAGUUAAUGGUAUCUGAAGAGAACUGCAAACCAUCUUGUCCCUUGUGUAGAGGGGAAGUGACUGGGUGGAUUGUUGUUGACCAGGCCCGUCUACAUCUAGAUGAGAAGAAACGUUGUUGUGAGGAGGAACAGUGCACAUUUACCGGAACAUAUUUAGAACUUAAAAAACAUGCUCAGCUGGAGCACCCACAUUCUCGUCCUUCAAAAAUUGAUCCUGCUCGAGUGCUUGACUGGGAAAAUUUUCAGCAAUCCUCUGAGAUCAUAGAUGUUUUAAGCACUAUACAUUCAGAAGUCCCACGUGGGGUGGUUCUAGGAGACUAUGUGAUUGAGUAUGGUGACAAUGAAACUGGAGAUGAGUUUGAGGACUUCCCUGGUGAUGAAGGCAACUGGUGGACCUCCUGCAUUUUGUAUCAGGUUUUUGAUAACUUAAGGAAUUCUAGAAACAGAAGGAGGUCAAGAGUCAGUGAUAAUAGGAGAGGAAGUCGCCGCUCAGGUUAUGAUACAUCAAAUUCUGAUGAUGGUUCAGUGACUUCUGUAGAUUUUGCUGAGUAUAGAAUAGAUGAGACUGAUGAUGAAUUUGUUAGUGCAAGUGGUCCCUCCAGAGGUAGCUCCAGUCACCGCCGUUCCAGGAGACGUCGUUCUCGAUUCCAUGAUAAUUAGAUACGCAUUGUGCAAAGCAAAGGACUGAAGGAAAAAGGAAAAGUUGGCAAUCCGCCAAAGCAGAGAGCACAGGGAUGCUUCAUGCAGCGCAGAUUGAUUAGGAUUUCAACCAUGUAAAAUCUAGCUACCUCUGUAUCUUUUUACGGUUCUGGACAAAUUUGUUAUGAAUAUUCAAUCAAUGGAUUUCCAUUUC